UAUCUACGUACUCCAAACAGGAAUAUAGCAAAGAGAUAAUCAAUAAACCAUGAAAGCCAGCCAUUUACUGCCUUGUCUGAUUUCAAUUCUUCUUCUAAUUUUAGCCACAAAACCAACAUAUUCUCAGCCCAGUACUACUACUACUACUAAUGGCUCCACCUGCCUAGACCGUUGUGGCUCGGUGAAAAUUCCCUUCCCUUUCGGGACAGGACCGGGUUGUUACCACGACGAGUCGUUUCUCGUCGCUUGUAACGACACUAAUAGCAAAAUUGAUUCUCCCAAACUCUACUUUUCAAAAAGUAACGUUUCUAUUCUUGAUAUUUCAAUAAUAAAUGGUGAACUCCGAGUUGAAGGCCCAAUUGCCCGAAACUGUUACGACAGUUUCGGGAAUAAUACGAGUAAUAGUAGCGAAAUUACUCGUACUAUGACUACAAACUCCAAUUUUCCACUCUCCGCCAGACGAAAUAAAUUGGCGGUGGUGGGGUGCGAUUCGCUGGCGGUUAUCGGGGGUUUGGAGGGGCGAAACUACUCGGCGGGAUGCAUAUCCAUGUGUAAUCAAAUAAACGACGUAGUAAACGGGUCGUGUUCGGGUGUGGGGUGUUGCCAAAUGAGCAUACCGGAAGAUGUGAUAGAUUUUGCUGUUUCAUUAGGAAGUUUGAAUGAUCACAAGGAAGUGUUUGAUUUUAACCCUUGUGAUUAUUCUUUUGUGGUUGAAGAUGAUGCUUAUGAAUUCUCUUCUCUUGAUUUAAAGGAUCUUCAGAAGAGAGAAAGUGUUCCUUUGAUUCUUGAUUGGGCUAUUGGGAAUUUGAGUUGUGAAGAAGCUCAAUUACAGAAAGAUGAUAAUAAUGAAUAUGGUUGUAGAGAUAGUAAUAGUUUUUGCUUGAAUUCUACUAAUGGAGUUGGGUAUAGAUGUAAUUGCUCACACGGUUAUCAAGGCAAUCCUUACCUUAUCAAUGGCUGCCAAGAUAUAAAUGAGUGCGAUGGUGAUAAUCCGUGUGUGGGAAGCUGCAUUAACUUGGCUGGGAGUUUCAGUUGCUCAUGUCCUAAGGGAUAUAAAGGAGAUGGCACCAAAAAUGGAACAGGCUGCUCUCCUAUUCCUACUACUAACCAUUCUGUCCUAACCAUUUCCAUUGCCUUGGGUGUCUCUAUAGGCCUAUUGCUACUGCUUCUGGGUUGUUCUUGGGCAUAUUGGGUACUAAAGAAAAGAAAGCUUAUCAAACUCAAAGAACAGUUUUUCCAACAAAAUGGAGGAAUAUUAUUACAACAACAACUUGUUCAUCAAACAAGUUCUUCUUCAGACACUUCAACAGCCAAAAUUUUCACAGCUGAACAACUCAAAAAAGCCACUAAUAACUAUGAUCAAAGCAGAGUUCUUGGCCAAGGUGGUUAUGGGACAGUUUACAAAGGAAUAUUACUUGAUAACAAAGUUGUUGCCAUUAAGAAAUCCAAAAUUGGUAACCAAAGUCAAAUUGAGCAAUUCAUAAAUGAGGUGAUUGUUCUUUCUCAAAUUAACCAUAGAAAUGUGGUCAAAUUAUUAGGUUGUUGUUUGGAAACUGAAGUUCCUUUGUUAGUUUACGAGUUCAUUACAAAUGGGACACUUUCUGAUCACAUCCAUGAGAAAGAAAAAUACCCUUUAUUAUCGUGGGAAAUGCGUUUAAAAAUCGCAACAGAAACGGCUGGAGCUAUUUCGUACCUACAUUCUUCGACUUCAAUGCCAAUUAUUCAUAGAGAUAUCAAGACUGCAAAUAUACUAUUAGAUGAAAAUUACACUACUAAAGUUGCGGAUUUUGGAGCUUCGAGAUUAGUUCCACUUGAUCAAACUCAACUAACCACUUUGGUACAAGGAACAUUAGGUUACUUGGAUCCAGAAUAUUUUCAAACUAGCCAAUUGACUGAAAAGAGCGAUGUUUAUAGUUUUGGAAUAGUGUUGGCAGAGUUACUGACGGGUGAAAUGGCUGUUUGUUUUGAUAGAAAAGAAAGUGUGAGAAAUCUAGCAAUGUACUUCAUUUCGUCGAUGAAAGAAGGUGAAUUGCUAGAAAUUCUUGAUAAAAGAGUGGUUAAUGAAGGGAAUAUUGAGCAACUAAAGGCAGUUGCUAAUGUAGCCAAGAGUUGUUUAAGAGUGAAUGGUGAAGAGAGGCCUAGUAUGAAAGAAGUUGCAAGUGAGCUUGAGGGAGUGAUGAGAUCCAAGGUUGGAACACAUCCAUGGGGCCAUGAUGAUCAUGAUCAAAACCCUAAUUCCCUAAUUGUACUAGAAGAGGCUGAAUUCUUGUUGAGACCUAAUUCAAGUAAUGUUGGUGUGACUGAAGGGUUUGAUAGUAUGAAUAUCCAAAUGUUUGAGCCAUAUGAUGAUGGUCGAUGAUAAUAAUUAAGUUUUAAUUUAGAGACAUAUAUUUAUAUCUUGAUGAUACAUAAAUGUACUCUUUUUUUAGUUGAGUUUUGUUUGAACUAGUUAAUCAUUGUCUUUUCCAGAUUAUUAAUUUCUAAAUUCAAACUUAUAUAUUAGAAAAAAUUUCUAUAAU